UUUUUUUUUUAAACUUUCUUUCUUUAAAGCACCCCACUCCCCAAAAAACCAAACCAUAUAUAUAUCACUAACAAUAUAGACAACGAAAUGUCAGUACAGAAAGUUUCUAUAUUGGGUCGUGACUCUAUACAUGUGGGAUAUGGCAUCCAAGAACACCUUGUUCGUGAGGUUGUUGCUAACUUGGUGUCGUCCACCUAUGUUAUAGUCACCGAUACCAACAUGGCUGCUACUUCUCCGUACGCCAAGUUGGAAAGCCGUUUCCUUGAAGAACUUAAGCAAAACAGACCUGAGUCUCGUCUUCUUACUUACAAGGUAUCUCCUGGUGAAGACAACAAGAACCGUAAGACUAAGGCUGAAGUCGAAGACUUCCUUUUAACCAAGGGAUGUACCCGUGAUACCGUCAUUCUUGCUGUAGGUGGUGGUGUCAUUGGUGACAUGAUUGGAUUUGUUGCUGCCACCUUCAUGAGAGGUGUUCGUGUUGUUCAAGUUCCAACCUCUCUUUUGGCAAUGGUUGAUUCUUCUAUUGGUGGUAAGACUGCUAUUGAUACUCCAUUGGGUAAGAACUUCAUUGGUGCAUUCCACCAGCCACUGUACGUUUUCUGUGAUGUUUCCUUUUUGGAAACUUUACCUGCCCGUCAAUUUAUCAAUGGUAUGGCUGAAGUUGUCAAGACUGCUGCCAUUUGGGAUGAAGUUGAAUUCACUAGAUUGGAAAACUUUGCUACUAAGUUCUUGAACGUAGUUACCGCCAAGGAUCUUGAUCUUUCCACCGUUAAGGAUGAAAUUAUCCAGACUGUUUUGGGUUCAAUCAGAGUCAAGGCCGAAGUUGUCACUGCGGAUGAAAAGGAAGGUAGUUUGAGAAACCUUCUUAACUUUGGACAUACUAUCGGACAUGCCAUCGAAGCCGUUCUUACCCCACAAGCUUUGCAUGGUGAGUGUGUUUCCUUAGGUAUGGUUCUUGAAGCUGAAUUGGCUCGUUACUUGGGUAUUUUGCCUCCAGUUGCCGUUGCCCGUUUGACCAAGUGUCUCGUUGCCUACGGAUUGCCAGUUCUGCUUGAUGAAAAGUUAUUAUUGGAAAAGGUUGGUCGUCGUAAGCGUGACCUCGUUCAACUUCCAAUCUUAUUGGACAAGAUGCUGAUUGACAAGAAGAAUGAUGGUAGCAAGAUCAGAUGUGUAUUGUUAGAAUCUAUUGGAAGCUGUUACCAACAAAAGGCUCAUCAAGUUUCUAAACAAGAUUUAUCAGUUGUUUUAACUGACGAAAUUUUUGUUAGUCUGUUUGAUGCUGCUCCAGAAUCCACCACAGUUAUCCCACCAGGAUCUAAGUCCAUUUCCAACAGAGCUUUAAUUUUGGCUGCUUUGGGUUCUGGUACUGUUAGAAUUAGGAAUUUGUUGCAUUCUGAUGAUACCAAACACAUGUUGAGUGCUGUUGCUGCCUUAAAGGGUGCCGAAAUUUCCACUGAAGAUAAUGGUGAAACUAUUGUCUUGAAGGGUAACGGUGGUAAGAUGUUGGCAUGUCCAGAAGAAUUGUACUUGGGUAAUGCUGGUACUGCUUCUCGUUUCUUAACUACUGUCGCUGCCUUGGUUAACACUGAUUCUGGUCUUGACUCCGUGGUUUUGACUGGUAAUGCUAGAAUGCAAGAAAGACCAAUCGGUCCUCUUGUGGAUGCUCUUAGAGAAAACGGAUCUACUGUUGAAUACUUGAACAACGAAGGAUCUCUCCCAUUGAAGAUUGAAUCUGGCCGUGGAUUAAAGGGUGGUAGAAUCGAACUUGGUGCUACCAUCUCAUCCCAAUACGUUUCUUCUAUUCUUAUGUGCGCUCCGUACGCUCAAAAGCCUGUCACUUUGACUCUUGUUGGGGGUAAACCAAUUUCCCAAUUGUACAUCGACAUGACAAUCGCCAUGAUGAGUGCCUUUGGUGUUGAAGUUACCAAGUCUACUUCUGAAGAAUACACCUAUCACAUUCCACAGGGACAAUAUGUAAACCCUGCUGAGUAUGUGAUUGAAUCCGAUGCUUCUUCUGCAACUUAUCCAUUGGCCUUUGCUGCCAUGACUGGUACUUCAUGUACUGUUCCAAACAUUGGCUCCGCUUCUCUUCAAGGUGAUGCUCGUUUCGCUGUUGAUGUGUUGAGACCAAUGGGUUGUAAUGUUGUUCAAACUGCCACUUCUACUACUGUAACUGGUCCAAAGAGAGGUCAGUUGGUCGCUUUACCUCACGUUGAUAUGGAACCAAUGACCGAUGCUUUCUUGACUGCUUCUGUUGUUGCUGCUAUUGCCACAGGUAAGACCUCUAUCACCGGUAUUGCUAACCAAAGAGUUAAAGAAUGUAACAGAAUUGAAGCCAUGAUUGAUCAAUUGGCUAAAUUUGGCGUUAAAGCCAACGAAUUGCCAGAUGGUAUUGAAAUUAACGGUGUUGAAAUCAGUGCUCUUCAAAGUGUUGGUCCAUCGAAGGGCGGUGUUCACACUUACGAUGACCACAGAGUUGCUAUGUCAUUCUCUCUUCUUGCCGGUUUAUGUGUUGACCCUGUCUUGAUCUUGGAAAGAUCUUGUACUGGUAAGACAUGGCCUGGUUGGUGGGAUGUUUUGCACAGCACUUUCAAGGUCUCUCUUGACGGUUAUGAACCACCAGUCCGCAAGGUCGCCAAAGUUAACAACAAGAGUAUCAUUGUCAUUGGUAUGAGAGCUGCUGGAAAGUCCACUCUUUCCAGAUGGAUGGCCACCUUCCUUGGUUUCAAAUUGUUGGAUUUGGACCACUUGUUCGAAAGCAAGCAUGGUGACAUCCGUGAAUUUAUCAAGGAACAUGGCUGGGAAGAAUUCCGCAAACUUGAAGCUCAAUAUGCCAAGGAAACUAUCGCAAAGUACGGUACUAACCAUGUUUUGUCUAGUGGUGGCGGAAUUGUCGAAAGCGAAGCUUCUAGAGACAUUUUACGUCAAUACCUGAAGUCAGGUGGUAUCGUCUUGCACUUACACAGAGACUUGGACGAAACUGUUGUAUUCUUGUCUGCUGAUACUACGCGUCCAGCAUAUGUUGAUGAAAUCAAGGAAGUUUGGAAACGUCGUGAAAACUGGUACCAUGAAUGUUCUAACUAUCACUUUUACUCUGCUCAUUGUGAAAAUGAACUCGAGUUUAAACAAUUGCGUACUUCAUUUGUCAAUUACUUGAAGCUUAUCACUGGUCGUCAAACCACUGCUAUUCCAACUGAGAAGUCGGCCUUUGUUUGUUUGACCUUCCCUGAUUUGAAGGAUGUUCAAAGUGAAACGUUAGAAGAAGUGACUUCUGGUUGUGCUGCUGUUGAAUUAAGAAUUGAUCUUCUUGCCUCUUACGAUAACUCGUUUGUUGCCGAACAAAUUGCAAUCUUGAGAAAGAAUGUUAGUAUCCCAAUCAUCUACACUAUUAGAACAGUCUCUCAAGGUGGUAGAUUCCCAGAUGAAGACCAUGAAGCUAUUGAAAGAUUGAGUUUCUUAGGUAUUAAACUUGGUGUCGAAUACUUGGAUGUUCAACUUACAUACCCUUCAACAUUAAUUGAUCAUAUCAUGGCCAAGAAGGGUAACACUCGUGUAAUUGGCUCUCAUCAUGAUUUCAGUGGAAGCUUGAAGUGGGAUAAUGUUGAAUGGGACACCAAAUAUGCACAAGCUGUAGAAUUGGAAGUUGACAUUGUAAAGUUUGUUGGUACUGCUUUGGAUUUCCAAGACAACUUGCGUUUGGAAACUUUCAGAGAUUCGCACAAGGACAAGCCAUUGAUUGCUAUCAAUAUGGGUGAACAAGGUAAGUUAUCAAGAGUUUUAAACACAAUUUUCACUCCAAUCACCCAUGGAUUACUUCCAGCUAGUGCUGCCCCUGGUCAAUUGACUCUCGCACAAAUCAAUUCUGCUUUCUCCGAAAUCGGUGGAGUUGUCGCCAAGAAUUUCUACGUUGUAGGACAACCUAUUGGACACUCUAGAUCUCCAGCCUUGCACAAUUCUGGUUAUGCUAAGCUUGGUUUGCCAUUCACUUUUGAAAAAUUUGAAACUUCAGACGCAAAGGAAGUUUAUGAAAAGCUUAUUAAGGGUAAUGAAAAGAACUUUGGAGGUUUAGCUGUCACUAUUCCUUUAAAGGUUGAUAUCAUGAAGUAUGUUGAAGAAUUAUCAGAUUCUGCAAAGGUAAUUGGUGCUGUGAACACUGUAUCUUUAAGUAAGGAUGGAAAAAUUCUUGGUGACAAUACUGAUUGGGUUGGUAUCACUAAUUCAUUCACUAGAUUUGGAGUUCCAAGUAUUGAAAACUCCCAAGUGAAUGGUUUAGUUGUGGGUGCUGGUGGUACUUCACGUGCUGCCGCCUACGCUUUACAUGGUAUGGGAUGUAAGAAGAUCUACAUGAUUAACCGUACCGCUUCGAAAUUAACUGAAUUGAAGGAAUCUUUACCUUCUGACUACAAUAUCGAAAUUUUGGACACAGUAGAUGAUGUUGAAAAUGCUGAAGCUGUGUCUCUCGUUGUAUCUUGUGUUCCUGCUGAUAAGCCACUUGAUGACCAAUUGUUAAACAAGGUUGAAAGAGUUUUAAACAAGGGUAUUAAAGCCGAGGCUGGAGGAUUUGUUCCAACUCUUCUUGAAGCUGCCUACAAACCUUCCGUUACCCCAAUUAUGAAGGUUGCUAGUGAAAAGUUCAAGUGGAACAUCAUUCCAGGUGUUGAAAUGCUUGUAAACCAAGGUGAGCGCCAGUUUGAAAUCCACACUGGUUACACCCCACCCUACAAGACCAUUCAUGCCGCUGUGGUGUCUGAGUGAUGUAAAGAGUAAAAUAGACUAGUCGUAUAAACAAUGAUUUAUUUUAGAUAGUAUGCUUGUAAUUUUUUUUUUCCUUUUUUUUGCUUUUUUUUUGCUUUUUUUUCAUCUCAGUUGGUGGCUGCAAAUAUCUAUAUAAUGAUACUAUGAAAAAUUAUUAAAUAAAGUUUGUACCCCUCAACUUAAUGUCGUACGAGGAAAUAUAUUGUAGCGCUGGACAGUGCCCGC